GAGCCUGGCUUUCGGACCAAGCCACGUGCGGUGGUUCGCAGGUCGGGGCGCCGGGCGAAGCCUCCGGACGGCUCCGUCCAAGCUGAGCCCGGGGUUCGGGGUCCAGGGCUGGAGAUGCGGCUGAGACGAGCGGUUCUUUCCGGCGGGAUCCAGGGACCAGAGUGCGCGCCCGCGCCGUCUUCCUGCAGCCCCUCCAGUCGAGGGGGCCCGACGGGCGGGGUCUCCCCGCAUUCUCACGCCCGGGGCUCCCCGCCCCACCCCCGGGCCCCGCGGGGCGUCACAAAGGCCCGCGGUCCCCACAGCAACUCGGGGACGCCGCGGCGCAAGUCUGGGCGCCCUUGGCUCUGCGCACAGUCGGCCGCACGGCGCCGCCCGCUCCCGGAGGCCGGGCAAACAAUGAGCUUCCAGGUGACAGGCCUAGGCCUGGACAAGAUGAAGCUGGGCAGUCCCCAGUCCUUCCUGGACCAGGAGGAGGCGGAGGAGGCUGAGGAUGGGCAGCUGCUGGAGCCGGAGGCUUGGAGGACCUACCUGGAGCACCGCAACGCGCUGCGUGAGUUCCUGAGCUCGGCCCUGAGCCCCCACCUGCUCAAGCGCCACCACGCCCGCAUGGAGCUGCUCAAGAAGUGCUCCUACUACAUCGAGAUCCUCCCCAAGCACCUGGCCCUGGGCGACCAGAACCCGCUGGUGCUGCCCAGCACCAUGUUCCAGCUCAUCGACCCCUGGAAGUUCCAGCGCAUGAAGAAGGUGGGCACAGCCCAGACCAAGAUCCAGCUCCUGCUGCUGGGGGACCUGCUGGAGCAGCUGGACUGCGGCCGCGCCGAGCUAGAUGCCCUGCUCGAGUCGCCCGACCCGCGGCCCUUCCUGGCAGGCUGGGGGCUCGUGGGGCAGCGGCUGGCAGAGCUGUCGGCCGUCAUGGACAGCUUCCUGGCCAUGAUGGUGCCGGGGCGCCUGCACAUCAAGCACCGCCUGGUGUCCGACGUUGGCGCCACCAAGAUCCCGCACAUCCGCCUCAUGCUGAGCACUAAGAUGCCCGUCAUGUUCGACCGCAAGGAAUCAGUGGCCCACCAGGACUGGGUCAGCCUGCGCUGGUUUGUCACCGUCCAGCCAGCGGCGCCCGAGCAGUUCGAGCUGCGCUUCAAGCUGCUGGACCCACGGACACAGCAGGAGUGCACGCAGUGUGGCAUCAUCCCUGUGGCCGCCUGCACCUUUGACAUCCGCAACCUGCUGCCCAACCGCUCCUACAAGUUCACCGUCAAGAGAGCGGAGAGCUACACGCUGGUGCACGAGCCCUGGCGGGACAGCCUCACCCUGGAGACCCGGCCGCGGCCCCCCAAAGGGCCAGCCCCCAGUCGGCUGGGCAGGCCAGGCCCACCCCUGACCACACCUCCCGAGAGAUGAUUUCCUAAUAUUUAUCCACUAAUACAGAGGAGUAUAAACUCACUUCCACAAUUCAAGAAACAAACCUACUUCCGUUUUAAA